AUGCAGUCAAACAGAAAUACAUUAAGUCAUCUUGUGGAUAAGAUCACUCAUUCAAAGGUUCCUACAGAAAUUUCGAAAACAUUAAAAGAGAUUGAAAGAAAUAAUGAUUAUAUCGAGGAAAUCCAAUUAAAAGAAUUAAUAAAACUUCAUGAUCAAACGUUGAAAACAAAAUGUGUUGAUCCUUUAACUAAGAUGUAUGAACAUUUCGCCCCCUACAUGGAAAAAGACUAUAAUAUACAAACUAAAGCUGCUGUAGUAGAUAGGGAUUUAAGAAUAAUUGAACAAACAUUACAAACAAUCAAAGCAAAUCAAAAAGAAUAG